AUCUCUACCUGCCUAUCCCCUGUCCGAUCUCUACCUGCCUAUCCCCUGUCCGAUCUCUACCUGCCUAUCCCCUGUCCGAUCUCUACCUGCCUAUCCCCUGUCCGAUCUCUACCUGCCUAUCCCCUGUCCGAUCUCUACCUGCCUAUCCCUGUCGAAUCUCUACCUGCCUAUCCCCUGUCCGAUCUCUACCUGCCUAUCCCAUGUCCGAUCUCUACCUGCCUAUCCCCUGUCCGAUCUCUACCUGCCUAUCCCCUGUCCGAUCUCUACCUGCCUAUCCCCUGUCCCGAUCUCUACCUGCCUAUCCCCCGUCCGAUCUCUACCUGCCUAUCCCUGUCCGAUCUCUACCUGCCUAUCCCCUGUCCGAUCUCUACCUGCCUAUCCCCUGUCCGAUCUCUACCUGCCUAUCCCCUGUCCGAUCUCUACCUGCCUAUCCCCUGUCCGAUCUCUACCUGCCUAUCCCCUGUCCGAUCUCUACCUGCCUAUCCCCUGUCCGAUCUCUACCUGCCUAUCCCCUGUCCGAUCUCUACCUGCCUAUCCCCCUGUCCGAUCUCUACCUGCCUAUCCCCUGUCCGAUCUCUAACCUGCCUAUCCCCUGUCCGAUCUCUACCUGCCUAUCCCCUGUCCGAUCUCUACCUGCCUAUCCCCCGUCCGAUCUCUACCUGCCUAUCCCCUGUCCGAUCUCUACCUGCCUAUCCCCUGUCCGAUCUCUACCUGCCUAUCCCUGUCCGAUCUCUACCUGCCUAUCCCCUGUCCGAUCUCUACCUGCCUAUCCCCUGUCCGAUCUCUACCUGCCUAUCCCCUGUCCGAUCUCUACCUGCCUAUCCCCUGUCCGAUCUCUACCUGCCUAUCCCCUGUCCGAUCUCUACCUGCCUAUCCCCUGUCCGAUCUCUACCUGCCUAUCCCCUGUCCGAUCUCUACCUGCCUAUCCCCUGUCCGAUCUCUACCUGCCUAUCCCGAUCUCUACCUGCCUACCCCCUGUCGAUCUCUACCUGCCUAUCCCCUGUCCGAUCUCUACCUGCCUAUCCCCUGUCCGAUCUCUACCUGCCUAUCCCCUGUCCGAUCUCUACCUGCCUAUCCCCUGUCCGAUCUCUACCUGCCUAUCCCCUGUCCGAUCUCUACCUGCCUAUCCCCUGUCCGAUCUCUACCUGCCUAUCCCCUGUCCGAUCUCUACCUGCCUAUCCCCUGUCCGAUCUCUACCUGCCUAUCCCCUGUCCGAUCUCUACCUGCCUAUCCCCCGUCCGAUCUCUACCUGCCUAUCCCCUGUCCGAUCUCUACCUGCCUAUCCCCUGUCCGAUCUCUACCUGCCUAUCCCCUGUCCGAUCUCUACCUGCCUAUCCCCUGUCCGAUCUCUACCUGCCUAUCCCCUGUCCGAUCUCUACCUGCCUAUCCCCUGUCCGAUCUCUACCUGCCUAUCCCCUGUCCGAUCUCUACCUGCCUAUCCCCUGUCCGAUCUCUACCUGCCUAUCCCCUGUCCGAUCUCUACCUGCCUAUCCCCUGUCCGAUCUCUACCUGCCUAUCCCCUGUCCGAUCUCUACCUGCCUAUCCCCUGUCCGAUCUCUACCUGCCUAUCCCUGUCCGAUCUCUAACCUGCCUAUCCCCUGUCCGAUCUCUACCUGCCUAUCCCCUGUCCGAUCUCUACCUGCCUAUCCCCUGUCCGAUCUCUACCUGCCUAUCCCCUGUCCGAUCUCUACCUGCCUAUCCCCUGUCCGAUCUCUACCUGCCUAUCCCCUGUCCGAUCUCUACCUGCCUAUCCCCUGUCCGAUCUCUACCUGCCUAUCCCCUGUCCGAUCUCUACCUGCCUAUCCCCUGUCCGAAUCUCUACCUGCCUAUCCCCUGUCCGAUCUCUACCUGCCUAUCCCCUGUCCGAUCUCUACCUGCCUAUCCCCUGUCCGAUCUCUACCUGCCUAUCCCCUGUCCGAUCUCUACCUGCCUAUCCCCUGCCUAAUCCCCCUGUCGAUCUCUACCUGCCUAUCCCCUGUCCGAUCUCUACCUGCCUAUCCCCUGUCCGAUCUCUACCUGCCUAUCCCCUGUCCGAUCUCUACCUGCCUAUCCCCCGUCCGAUCUCUACCUGCGCUAUCCCCUGUCCGAUCUCUACCUGCCUAUCCCCUGUCCGAUCUCUACCUGCCUAUCCCCCUGUCCAUCUCUACCUGCCUAUCCCCUGUCCGAUCUCUACCUGCCUAUCCCCCUGUCCGAUAUCUACCUGCCUAUCCCCGUCGAUCUCUACCUGCCUAUCCCCUGUCCGAUCUCUACCUGCCUAUCCCUCCGUCCGAUCUCACCUGCCUAUCCCUUCCGUACUCUACCUGCCUAUCCCCUGUCCGAUCUCUACUGCCUAUCCCCUGUCCGAUCCUCUACCUGCCUAUCCCCCUGUCCGAUCUCUACCUGCUAUCACCUGUCGAUCUCUACUGCCUAUCCCCCGUCCGAUCUCUACCCUGCCUAUCCCCUGUCCGAUCUCUACCUGCCUAUCCCCUGUCCGAUCUCUACCUGCCUAUCCCCUGUCCGAUCUCUACCUGCCUAUCCCCUGUCCGAUCUCUACCUGCCUAUCCCCUGUCCGAUCUCUACCUGCCUAUCCCCUGUCCGAUCUCUACCUGCCUAUCCCCUGUCCGAUCUCUACCUGCCUAUCCCCUGUCCGAUCUCUACCUGCCUAUCCCCUGUCCGAUCUCUACCUGCCUAUCCCCUGUCCGAUCUCUACCUGCCUAUCCCCUGUCCGAUCUCUACCUGCCUAUCCCCCGUCCGAUCUCUACCUGCCUAUCCCCUGUCCGAUCUCUACCUGCCUAUCCCCUGUCCGAUCUCUACCUGCCUAUCCCCUGUCCCGAUCUCUACCUGCCUAUCCCCUGUCCGAUCUCUACCUGCCUAUCCCCUGUCCGAUAUCUACCUGCCUAUUCCCCUGUCCGAUCUCUACCUGCCUAUCCCCUGUCCGAGUCUCUACCUGCCUAUCCCCUGUCCGAUCUCUACCUGCCUAUCCCCUGUCGCGAUCUCUCUGCCUAUCCGCUGUCCGAUCUCUACCUGCCUAUCCCCCGUCCGAUCUCUACCUGCCUAUCCCCUGUCCGAUCUCUACCUGCCUAUCCCCUGUCCGAUCUCUACCUGCCUAUCCCCUGUCCGAUCUCUACCUGCCUAUCCCCUGUCCGAUCUCUACCUGCCUAUCCCCUGUCCGAUCUCUACCUGCCUAUCCCCUGUCCGAUCUCUACCUGCCUAUCCCCUGUCCGAUCUCUACCUGCCUAUCCCCUGUCCGAUCUCUACCUGCCUAUCCCCUGUCCGAUCUCUACCUGCCUAUCCCCUGUCCGAUCUCUACCUGCCUAUCCCCCGUCCGAUCUCUACCUGCCUAUCCCCUGUCCGAUCUCUACCUGCCUAUCCCCCUGUCCGAUCUCUACCUGCCUAUCCCCCUGUCCGAUCUCUACCUGCCUAUCCCCUGUCCGAUCUCUACCUGCCUAUCCCCUGUCCGAUCUCUACCUGCCUAUCCCCUGUCCGAUCUCUACCUGCCUAUCCCCUGUCCGAUCUCUACCUGCCUAUCCCCUGUCCGAUCUCUACCUGCCUAUCCCCUGUCCGAUCUCUACCUGCCUAUCCCCUGUCCGAUCUCUACCUGCCUAUCCCCUGUCCGAUCUCUACCUGCCUAUCCCCUGUCCGAUCUCUACCUGCCUAUCCCCCUGUCCGAUCUCUACCUGCCUAUCCCCUGUCCGAUCUCUACCUGCCUAUCCCCUGUCCGAUCUCUACCUGCCUAUCCCCUGUCCGAUCUCUACCUGCCUAUCCCCUGUCCGAUCUCUACCUGCCUAUCCCCUGUCCGAUCUCUACCUGCCUAUUCCCCUGUCCGAUCUCUACCUGCCUAUCCCCUGUCCGAUCUCUACCUGCCUAUCCCCUGUCCGAUCUCUACCUGCCUAUCCCCUGUCCGAUCUCUACCUGCCUAUCCCCUGUCCGAUCUCUACCUGCCUAUCCCCUGUCCGAUCUCUACCUGCCUAUCCCCUGUCCGAUCUCUACCUGCCUAUCCCCUGUCCGAUCUCUACCUGCCUAUCCCCCGUCCGAUCUCUACCUGCCUAUCCCCUGUCCGAUCUCUACCUGCCUAUCCCCCUGUCCGAUCUCUACCUGCCUAUCCCCUGUCCGAUCUCUACCUGCCUAUCCCCUGUCCGAUCUCUACCUGCCUAUCCCCUGUCCGAUCUCUACCUGCCUAUCCCCUGUCCGAUCUCUACCUGCCUAUCCCCUGUCCGAUCUCUACCUGCCUAUCCCCUGUCCGAUCUCUACCUGCCUAUCCCCUGUCCGAUCUCUACCUGCCUAUCCCCCGUCCGAUCUCUACCUGCCUAUCCCCCGUCCGAUCUCUACCUGCCUAUCCCCUGUCCGAUCUCUACCUGCCUAUCCCCUGUCCGAUCUCUAGCUGCCUAUCCCCUGUCCGAUCUCUACCUGCCUAUCCCCUGUCCGAUCUCUACCUGCCUAUCCCCUGUCCGAUAUCUACCUGCCUAUCCCCCGUCCGAUCUCUACCUGCCUAUCCCCUGUCCGAUCUCUACCUGCCUAUCCGCCGUCCGAUCUCUACCUGCCUAUCCCCUGUCCGAUCUCUACCUGCCUAUCCCCUGUCCGAUCUCUACCUGCCUAUCCCCCGUCCGAUCUCUACCUGCCUAUCCCCUGUCCGAUCUCUACCUGCCUAUCCCCCGUCCGAUCUCUACCUGCCUAUCCCCUGUCCGAUCUCUACCUGCCUAUCCCCUGUCCGAUCUCUACCUGCCUAUCCCCUGUCCGAUCUCUACCUGCCUAUCCCCUGUCCGAUCUCUACCUGCCUAUCCCCUGUCCGAUCUCUACCUGCCUAUCCCCUGUCCGAUCUCUACCUGCCUAUCCCCCGUCCGAUCUCUACCUGCCUAUCCCCUGUCCGAUCUCUACCUGCCUAUCCCCUGUCCGAACUCUACCUGCCUAUCCCCUGUCCGAUCUCUACCUGCCUAUCCCCUGUCCGAUCUCUACCUGCCUAUCCCCUGUCCGAUCUCUACCUGCCUAUCCCCUGUCCGAUCUCUACCUGCCUAUCCCCUGUCCGAUCUCUACCUGCCUAUCCCCUGUCCGAUCUCUACCUGCCUAUCCCCUGUCCGAUCUCUACCUGCCUAUCCCCUGUCCGAUCUCUACCUGCCUAUCCCCUGUCCGAUCUCUACCUGCCUAUCCCCUGUCCGAUCUCUACCUGCCUAUCCCCCUGUCCGAUCUCUACCUGCCUAUCCCCCGUCCGAUCUCUACCUGCCUAUCCCCUGUCCGAUCUCUACCUGCCUAUCCCCUGUCCGAUCUCUUCCUGCCUAUCCCCUGUCCGAUCUCUACCUGCCUAUCCCCCGUCCGAUCUCUACCUGCCUAUCCCCUGUCCGAUCUCUACCUGCCUAUCCCCCGUCCGAUCUCUACCUGCCUAUCCCCUGUCCUAUCUCUACCUGCCUAUCCCCUGUCCGAACUCUACCUGCCUAUCCCCUGUCCGAUCUCUACCUGCCUAUCCCCUGUCCGAUCUCUACCUGCCUAUCCCCUGUCCGAUCUCUACCUGCCUAUCCCCUGUCCGAUCUCUACCUGCCUAUCCCCUGUCCGAUCUCUACCUGCCUAUCCCCUGUCCGAUCUCUACCUGCCUAUCCCCUGUCCGAUCUCUACCUGCCUAUCCCCUGUCCGAUCUCCACCUGCCUAUCCCCCGUCCGAUCUCUACCUGCCUAUCCCCUGUCCGAUCUCUACCUGCCUAUCCCCUGUCCGAACUCUACCUGCCUAUCCCCUGUCCGAUCUCUACCUGCCUAUCCCCUGUCCGAUCUCUACCUGCCUAUCCCCUGUCCGAUCUCUACCUGCCUAUCCCCUGUCCGAUCUCUACCUGCCUAUCCCCUGUCCGAUCUCUACCUGCCUAUCCCCUGUCCGAUCUCUACCUGCCUAUCCCCUGUCCGAUCUCUACCUGCCUAUCCCCCGUCCGAUCUCUACCUGCCUAUCCCCUGUCCGAUCUCUACCUGCCUAUCCCCUGUCCGAUCUCUUCCUGCCUAUCCCCUGUCCGAUCUCUACCUGCCUAUCCCCCGUCCGAUCUCUACCUGCCUAUCCCCUGUCCGAUCUCUACCUGCCUAUCCCCCGUCCGAUCUCUACCUGCCUAUCCCCUGUCCGAUCUCUACCUGCCUAUCCCCUGUCCGAACUCUACCUGCCUAUCCCCUGUCCGAUCUCUACCUGCCUAUCCCCUGUCCGAUCUCUACCUGCCUAUCCCCUGUCCGAUCUCUACCUGCCUAUCCCCUGUCCGAUCUCUACCUGCCUAUCCCCUGUCCGAUCUCUACCUGCCUAUCCCCUGUCCGAUCUCUACCUGCCUAUCCCCUGUCCGAUCUCUACCUGCCUAUCCCCUGUCCGAUCUCUACCUGCCUAUCCCCUGUCCGAUCUCUACCUGCCUAUCCCCCGUCCGAUCUCUACCUGCCUAUCCCCUGUCCGAUCUCUACCUGCCUAUCCCCCGUCCGAUCUCUACCUGCCUAUCCCCUGUCCGAUCUCUACCUGCCUAUCCCCUGUCCGAUCUCUACCUGCCUAUCCCCUGUCCGAUCUCUACCUGCCUAUCCCCUGUCCGAUCUCUACCUGCCUAUCCCCUGUCCGAUCUCUACCUGCCUAUCCCCUGUCCGAUCUCUACCUGCCUAUCCCCUGUCCGAUCUCUACCUGCCUAUCCCCCGUCCGAUCUCUACCUGCCUAUCCCCCGUCCGAUCUCUACCUGCCUAUCCCCUGUCCGAUCUCUACCUGCCUAUCCCCUGUCCGAUCUCUAGCUGCCUAUCCCCUGUCCGAUCUCUACCUGCCUAUCCCCUGUCCGAUCUCUACCUGCCUAUCCCCUGUCCGAUAUCUACCUGCCUAUCCCCCGUCCGAUCUCUACCUGCCUAUCCCCUGUCCGAUCUCUACCUGCCUAUCCGCCGUCCGAUCUCUACCUGCCUAUCCCCUGUCCGAUCUCUACCUGCCUAUCCCCUGUCCGAUCUCUACCUGCCUAUCCCCCGUCCGAUCUCUACCUGCCUAUCCCCUGUCCGAUCUCUACCUGCCUAUCCCCGUCCGAUCUCUACCUGCCUAUCCCCUGUCCGAUCUCUACCUGCCUAUCCCCUGUCCGAUCUCUACCUGCCUAUCCCCUGUCCGAUCUCUACCUGCCUAUCCCCUGUCCGAUCUCUACCUGCCUAUCCCCUGUCCGAUCUCUACCUGCCUAUCCCCUGUCCGAUCUCUACCUGCCUAUCCCCCGUCCGAUCUCUACCUGCCUAUCCCCUGUCCGAUCUCUACCUGCCUAUCCCCUGUCCGAACUCUACCUGCCUAUCCCCUGUCCGAUCUCUACCUGCCUAUCCCCUGUCCGAUCUCUACCUGCCUAUCCCCUGUCCGAUCUCUACCUGCCUAUCCCCUGUCCGAUCUCUACCUGCCUAUCCCCUGUCCGAUCUCUACCUGCCUAUCCCCUGUCCGAUCUCUACCUGCCUAUCCCCUGUCCGAUCUCUACCUGCCUAUCCCCUGUCCGAUCUCUACCUGCCUAUCCCCUGUCCGAUCUCUACCUGCCUAUCCCCUGUCCGAUCUCUACCUGCCUAUCCCCCGUCCGAUCUCUACCUGCCUAUCCCCUGUCCGAUCUCUACCUGCCUAUCCCCUGUCCGAUCUCUUCCUGCCUAUCCCCUGUCCGAUCUCUACCUGCCUAUCCCCCGUCCGAUCUCUACCUGCCUAUCCCCUGUCCGAUCUCUACCUGCCUAUCCCCCGUCCGAUCUCUACCUGCCUAUCCCCUGUCCUAUCUCUACCUGCCUAUCCCCUGUCCGAACUCUACCUGCCUAUCCCCUGUCCGAUCUCUACCUGCCUAUCCCCUGUCCGAUCUCUACCUGCCUAUCCCCUGUCCGAUCUCUACCUGCCUAUCCCCUGUCCGAUCUCUACCUGCCUAUCCCCUGUCCGAUCUCUACCUGCCUAUCCCCUGUCCGAUCUCUACCUGCCUAUCCCCUGUCCGAUCUCUACCUGCCUAUCCCCUGUCCGAUCUCCACCUGCCUAUCCCCCGUCCGAUCUCUACCUGCCUAUCCCCUGUCCGAUCUCUACCUGCCUAUCCCCUGUCCGAACUCUACCUGCCUAUCCCCUGUCCGAUCUCUACCUGCCUAUCCCCUGUCCGAUCUCUACCUGCCUAUCCCCUGUCCGAUCUCUACCUGCCUAUCCCCUGUCCGAUCUCUACCUGCCUAUCCCCUGUCCGAUCUCUACCUGCCUAUCCCCUGUCCGAUCUCUACCUGCCUAUCCCCUGUCCGAUCUCUACCUGCCUAUCCCCCGUCCGAUCUCUACCUGCCUAUCCCCUGUCCGAUCUCUACCUGCCUAUCCCCUGUCCGAUCUCUUCCUGCCUAUCCCCUGUCCGAUCUCUACCUGCCUAUCCCCCGUCCGAUCUCUACCUGCCUAUCCCCUGUCCGAUCUCUACCUGCCUAUCCCCCGUCCGAUCUCUACCUGCCUAUCCCCUGUCCGAUCUCUACCUGCCUAUCCCCUGUCCGAACUCUACCUGCCUAUCCCCUGUCCGAUCUCUACCUGCCUAUCCCCUGUCCGAUCUCUACCUGCCUAUCCCCUGUCCGAUCUCUACCUGCCUAUCCCCUGUCCGAUCUCUACCUGCCUAUCCCCUGUCCGAUCUCUACCUGCCUAUCCCCUGUCCGAUCUCUACCUGCCUAUCCCCUGUCCGAUCUCUACCUGCCUAUCCCCUGUCCGAUCUCUACCUGCCUAUCCCCCGUCCGAUCUCUACCUGCCUAUCCCCUGUCCGAUCUCUACCUGCCUAUCCCCUGUCCGAUCUCUACCUGCCUAUCCCCUGUCCGAUCUCUACCUGCCUAUCCCCUGUCCGAUCUCUACCUGCCUAUCCCCCGUCCGAUUUCUACCUGCCUAUCCCCUGUCCGAUCUCUACCUGCCUAUCCCCUGUCCGAUCUCUACCUGCCUAUCCCCUGUCCGAUCUCUACCUGCCUAUCCCCUGUCCGAUCUCUACCUGCCUAUCCCCUGUCCGAUCUCUACCUGCCUAUCCCCCGUCCGAUCUCUACCUGCCUAUCCCCUGUCCGAUCUCUACCUGCCUAUCCCCUGUCCGAUCUCUACCUGCCUAUCCCCUGUCCGAUCUCUACCUGCCUAUCCCCUGUCCGAUCUCUACCUGCCUAUCCCCUGUCCGAUCUCUACCUGCCUAUCCCCUGUCCGAUCUCUACCUGCCUAUCCCCCGUCCGAUCUCUACCUGCCUAUCCCCUGUCCGAUCUCUACCUGCCUAUCCCCUGUCCGAACUCUACCUGCCUAUCCCCUGUCCGAUCUCUACCUGCCUAUCCCCUGUCCGAUCUCUACCUGCCUAUCCCCUGUCCGAUCUCUACCUGCCUAUCCCCUGUCCGAUCUCUACCUGCCUAUCCCCUGUCCGAUCUCUACCUGCCUAUCCCCUGUCCGAUCUCUACCUGCCUAUCCCCUGUCCGAUCUCUACCUGCCUAUCCCCUGUCCGAUCUCUACCUGCCUAUCCCCUGUCCGAUCUCUACCUGCCUAUCCCCUGUCCGAUCUCUACCUGCCUAUCCCCCGUCCGAUCUCUACCUGCCUAUCCCCUGUCCGAUCUCUACCUGCCUAUCCCCUGUCCGAUCACUUCCUGCCUAUCCCCUGUCCGAUCUCUACCUGCCUAUCCCCCGUCCGAUCUCUACCUGCCUAUCCCCUGUCCGAUCUCUACCUGCCUAUCCCCCGUCCGAUCUCUACCUGCCUAUCCCCUGUCCUAUCUCUACCUGCCUAUCCCCUGUCCGAACUCUACCUGCCUAUCCCCUGUCCGAUCUCUACCUGCCUAUCCCCUGUCCGAUCUCUACCUGCCUAUCCCCUGUCCGAUCUCUACCUGCCUAUCCCCUGUCCGAUCUCUACCUGCCUAUCCCCUGUCCGAUCUCUACCUGCCUAUCCCCUGUCCGAUCUCUACCUGCCUAUCCCCUGUCCGAUCUCUACCUGCCUAUCCCCUGUCCGAUCUCUACCUGCCUAUCCCCUGUCCGAUCUCUACCUGCCUAUCCCCUGUCCGAUCUCUACCUGCCUAUCCCCUGUCCGAUCUCUACCUGCCUAUCCCCUGUCCGAUCUCUACCUGCCUAUCCCCUGUCCGAUCUCUACCUGCCUAUCCCCUGUCCGAUCUCUACCUGCCUAUCCCCUGUCCGAUCUCUACCUGCCUAUCCCCUGUCCGAUCUCUACCUGCCUAUCCCCUGUCCGAUCUCUACCUGCCUAUCCCCUGUCCGAUCUCUACCUGCCUAUCCCCUGUCCGAUCUCUACCUGCCUAUCCCCUGUCCGAUCUCUACCUGCCUAUCCCCUGUCCGAUCUCCACCUGCCUAUCCCCCGUCCGAUCUCUACCUGCCUAUCCCCUGUCCGAUCUCUACCUGCCUAUCCCCUGUCCGAACUCUACCUGCCUAUCCCCUGUCCGAUCUCUACCUGCCUAUCCCCUGUCCGAUCUCUACCUGCCUAUCCCCUGUCCGAUCUCUACCUGCCUAUCCCCUGUCCGAUCUCUACCUGCCUAUCCCCUGUCCGAUCUCUACCUGCCUAUCCCCUGUCCGAUCUCUACCUGCCUAUCCCCUGUCCGAUCUCUACCUGCCUAUCCCCCGUCCGAUCUCUACCUGCCUAUCCCCUGUCCGAUCUCUACCUGCCUAUCCCCUGUCCGAUCUCUUCCUGCCUAUCCCCUGUCCGAUCUCUACCUGCCUAUCCCCCGUCCGAUCUCUACCUGCCUAUCCCCUGUCCGAUCUCUACCUGCCUAUCCCCCGUCCGAUCUCUACCUGCCUAUCCCCUGUCCGAUCUCUACCUGCCUAUCCCCUGUCCGAACUCUACCUGCCUAUCCCCUGUCCGAUCUCUACCUGCCUAUCCCCUGUCCGAUCUCUACCUGCCUAUCCCCUGUCCGAUCUCUACCUGCCUAUCCCCUGUCCGAUCUCUACCUGCCUAUCCCCUGUCCGAUCUCUACCUGCCUAUCCCCUGUCCGAUCUCUACCUGCCUAUCCCCUGUCCGAUCUCUACCUGCCUAUCCCCUGUCCGAUCUCUACCUGCCUAUCCCCCGUCCGAUCUCUACCUGCCUAUCCCCUGUCCGAUCUCUACCUGCCUAUCCCCUGUCCGAUCUCUACCUGCCUAUCCCCUGUCCGAUCUCUACCUGCCUAUCCCCUGUCCGAUCUCUACCUGCCUAUCCCCUGUCCGAUUUCUACCUGCCUAUCCCCUGUCCGAUCUCUACCUGCCUAUCCCCUGUCCGAUCUCUACCUGCCUAUCCCCUGUCCGAUCUCUACCUGCCUAUCCCCUGUCCGAUCUCUACCUGCCUAUCCCCUGUCCGAUCUCUACCUGCCUAUCCCCUGUCCGAUCUCUACCUGCCUAUCCCCUGUCCGAUCUCUACCUGCCUAUCCCCUGUCCGAUCUCUACCUGCCUAUCCCCUGUCCGAUCUCUACCUGCCUAUCCCCUGUCCGAUCUCUACCUGCCUAUCCCCUGUCCGAACUCUACCUGCCUAUCCCCUGUCCGAUCUCUACCUGCCUAUCCCCUGUCCGAUCUCUACCUGCCUAUCCCCUGUCCGAUCUCUACCUGCCUAUCCCCUGUCCGAUCUCUACCUGCCUAUCCCCUGUCCGAACUCUACAUGCCUAUCCCCUGUCCGAUCUCUACCUGCCUAUCCCCUGUCCGAUCUCUACCUGCCUAUCCCCUGUCCGAUCUCUACCUGCCUAUCCCCUGUCCGAUCUCUACCUGCCUAUCCCCUGUCCGAUCUCUACCUGCCUAUCCCCCGUCCGAUCUCUACCUGCCUAUCCCCUGUCCGAUCUCUACCUGCCUAUCCCCUGUCCGAACUCUACCUGCCUAUCCCCUGUCCGAUCUCUACCUGCCUAUCCCCUGUCCGAUCUCUACCUGCCUAUCCCCUGUCCGAUCUCUACCUGCCUAUCCCCUGUCCGAUCUCUACCUGCCUAUCCCCUGUCCGAUCUCUACCUGCCUAUCCCCCGUCCGAUCUCUACCUGCCUAUCCCCUGUCCGAUCUCUACCUGCCUAUCCCCUGUCCGAUCUCUACCUGCCUAUCCCCUGUCCGAUCUCUACCUGCCUAUCCCCUGUCCGAUCUCUACCUGCCUAUCCCCUGUCCGAUCUCUACCUGCCUAUCCCCUGUCCGAUCUCUACCUGCCUAUCCCCCGUCCGAUCUCUACCUGCCUAUCCCCCGUCCGAUCUCUACCUGCCUAUCCCCCGUCCGAUCUCUACCUGCCUAUCCCCUGUCCGAUCUCUACCUGCCUAUCCCCCGUCCGAUCUCUACCUGCCUAUCCCCUGUCCGAUCUCUACCUGCCUAUCCCCUGUCCGAUCUCUACCUGCCUAUCCCCUGUCCGAUCUCUACCUGCCUAUCCCCUGUCCGAUCUCUACCUGCCUAUCCCCCGUCCGAUCUCUACCUGCCUAUCCCCCGUCCGAUCUCUACCUGCCUAUCCCCUGUCCGAUCUCUACCUGCCUAUCCCCCGUCCGAUCUCUGCCUGCCUAUCCCCUGUCCGAUCUCUACCUGCCUAUCCCCUGUCCGAUCUCUACCUGCCUAUCCCCUGUCCGAUCUCUACCUGCCUAUCCCCUGUCCGAUCUCUACCUGCCUAUCCCCCGUCCUUGCAUGCUCAUCCUUGCAUGCUCAUCCUUGCACUGCCUGCCUUCAUCUCCUUCUCACUCACCUCCUUGCCACACAACCCCCUUCCCCCCCACUGCACCAGCCGAACGAGGAGGAGACGCAGCUGUUUGACGUGCUGUGGCUGCUGCUCGCCAGUGUCGUCUUCGUCCCCAUCUUCCAGAAACUGCCCGGAGGCAGUCCCGUGCUAGGGUACCUGGCAGCGGGGGCGCUCAUUGGGCCAUACGCGCUGUCAAUCAUAAAGCAUGUGCAUGGCACCAAGGCGCUGGCAGAGUUUGGCGUGGUGUUCCUCAUGUUCAACAUCGGCCUCGAGCUGUCUCUGGAGCGCCUUCGCUCUAUGCGCAAAUAUGUCUUUGGACUCGGCUCCGCUCAGGUGCUGGUGUCAGCGCUGGCGAUAGGGCUGUGUGUGCUGGCAGUGGCGCGUGUGUCGGGCCCAGCAGCCAUUGUCAUCGGCAACGGCCUUGCACUCUCGUCCACCGCUGUUGUCCUCCAGGUGCUGCAAGAGCGAGGGGAGAGCACGUCGCGCCAUGGGCGAGCCACCUUCUCCGUGCUGCUCUUCCAGGAUCUAGCAGUGGUGGUGUUGCUCAUCCUCAUUCCGCUUCUCUCCCCCAACUCCUCCGGAGGGGGCGUGGGAUUCAAGGCGAUAGCGGAGGCGCUAGGGGUGGCGGCAGUGAAGGCUGUCAUCGCCAUUGCUGGCAUCAUCGCGGGCGGCCGACUGCUGCUGCGCCCCAUAUACCGCAGCAUGGCAGAGAAUCACAACGCGGAGAUCUUUGCCGCCAACACACUGCUCGUUGUGCUUGGCACCUCCGUACUCACUGCCCGGGCGGGGCUGUCCAUGGCACUGGGAGCGUUCCUCGCAGGCCUGCUGCUGUCAGAGACCGAGUUCGCCCUGCAGGUGGAGUCAGACAUCAACCCCUACCGCGGGCUGCUGCUGGGUCUCUUCUUCAUGACUGUGGGCAUGUCAAUCGAUCCCAAGCUGCUGGUGGCGCGUUUCCCGCUCAUCCUGGCAGCGCUCGCAGUGCUGAUAGUGGGCAAGACGGCUCUGCUGGCGGGCAUGGGCCGCCUCUUUGGCCUCUCCCCUGUUGCUGCUGUGCGCACCGGCCUGCUGCUCGCGCCUGGAGGGGAGUUUGCAUUUGUGGCCUUUGGGGAGUCUGUGAGCAAGGGCAUAAUGAGCGCACAGCUCUCCUCGCUGCUCUUCAUAGUGCUGUGCUCGCUGCUCUUCAUAGUGGUGGGGCUGAGCAUGGCCAUCACGCCAUGGCUGGCAGCGGUGGGACAGCUCAUCGCGUCGCGCUUCGACCAGCAGGACGUGCGCUCGCUGCAGCCACAUGAGGCCGAGACGGACGAUCUGCAGGGUCACAUCAUCAUCUGUGGCUUUGGCCGUGUGGGUCAGCGCUUCUCAAAUCACUCCCUUCCGCACACCCAUCCACAUCAUCCCGCACACCCAUCCACAUCAUCCCGCACACCCAUCCACAUCAUCCCGCACACCCAUCCACAUCAUCCCUCACACCCAUCCACAUCAUCCCGCACACCCAUCCACAUCAUCCCUCACACCCAUCCACAUCAUCCCGCACACCCAUCCACAUCAUCCCGCACACCCAUCCACAUCAUCCCGCACACCCAUCCACAUCAUCCCGCACACCCAUCCACAUCAUCCCGCACACCCAUCCACAUCAUCCCGCACACCCAUCCACAUCAUCCCGCACACCCAUCCACAUCAUCCCGCACACCCAUCCACAUCAUCCCGCACACCCAUCCACAUCAUCCCGCACACCCAUCCACAUCAUCCCGCACACCCAUCCACAUCAUCCCGCACACCCAUCCACAUCAUCCCGCACACCCAUCCACAUCAUCCCGCACACCCAUCCACAUCAUCCCGCACACCCAUCCACAUCAUCCCGCACACCCAUCCACAUCAUCCCGCACACCCAUCCACAUCAUCCCGCACACCCAUCCACAUCAUCCCGCACACCCAUCCACAUCAUCCCGCACACCCAUCCACAUCAUCCCGCACACCCAUCCACAUCAUCCCGCACACCCAUCCACAUCAUCCCGCACACCCAUCCACAUCAUCCCGCACACCCAUCCACAUCAUCCCGCACACCCAUCCACAUCAUCCCGCACACCCAUCCACAUCAUCCCGCACACCCAUCCACAUCAUCCCGCACACCCAUCCACAUCAUCCCGCACACCCAUCCACAUCAUCCCGCACACCCAUCCACAUCAUCCCGCACACCCAUCCACAUCAUCCCGCACACCCAUCCACAUCAUCCCGCACACCCAUCCACAUCAUCCCUCACACCCAUCCACAUCAUCCCGCACACCACUCUCACCCAUCUUCCCCCCACCCCCCCUGUUCGCUCACACCCAUCUCCUCCCCUCCAUCUUCUUCCCCCAUCACCCGCAUCAGAUCAUAGGGCAGCUGCUAUCGGAGCGCCUCAUCCCCUUCGUGGCGCUGGACGUGAGCAGCGAUCGGGUCAGCGCAGGGCGUUCCCUCGACCUUCCCGUCUACUUUGGCGAUGCUGGCAGCCGCGAUGUGAGUGCCGCCCUCCCAUACGAUUCCCACCUUUCCAUGUGCUUUUCCAUGCGUCAGCAUCUCCAAUUAUCCCCCAUCCCUUCCUCCUCCCCCCUUCUUCCUUAUACUUCUACCUACUUCUCCCCUACUUCCUCUGCUAAGUCUUGUGUUGCACAAGGUGGGGGCGGAGAGGGCAGCAGCAGCAAUGAUCACUCUCGACACGCCGGGAGCCAACUACCGCGCCGUGUGGGCGCUCACCAAGAGCUUUCCCUCCCUUCCCCCCCACCUCUCCCCCCUCCUCCAACCCACUCCGACCCCCUCCUCCCCCAUCCCCCUCAGGUGCUGCACAAGGUGGGGGCGGAGAGGGCAGCAGCAGCAGUGAUCACUCUCGACACGCCAGGAGCCAACUACAGGGCAGUGUGGGCGCUCAGCAAGAGCUUCCCACACGUGAAGACGUUUGUGCGAGCACACGACGUGACCCACGGGAUCAACCUGGAGAAGGCAGGGGCUACCGCCGUUGUCCCUGAGACACUCGAACCCAGCCUGCAGCUCGCCGCGGCUGUUCUCGCCCAG